CUGCGGGUCGCCACUGAACGACUUGCACCCUGUACCCAUCCAUCAUGUCCUCGCUCGGCUCAACGCUGCUGCUUUUGACCGUUAUUGUUGUAUUACUACCCGACAGUGCCUGGGCAUUCGGCGCGGGUGACAUUCCCGAUUUCUCUUACCUGAACGAGAAGGCAUUCCGACAUGGCGACAUUGAGAAUAUCCUCACCGAAGUCGCGAAGAGCGCUGCCGCUGCUGGUGGAUCAGCGGCGAUGGCAGGUGGACUACUUGGCUUCGCAAAGAAUGUACUUUCUGGUCAAGGGGGUAGCGGUGGCGCAAAAUUCUCAAAGAGCGAUGUGAAGAAGGUUUACUUCGGAAACUGGUUGAGGGACUAUUCUCAGGCAAUGGAUAUUGCGGGACUGCAAAAACUCACGGCGGAGACCUUGGUUUUGAUUGUAUCCAUCUUGGGCUUCAUGACAUUCGGGUUUGCCACAGAAGAGUUCGAGGUCACGGCAGAUAGACUUGGCGUGUAUCUACCUGUGGAACAUAUCGACAACCCCAAAGGUUACGGGGAGGCAGAAGGGGACGCUCGCCAAUUCCACCCCAAGCUGCGCCCACCUGUGAACCCAGAAGAACUUGAGAUAGAUCCAGAGACAGGCAUGAAGAACUACAUGGCUGCAGAGAACAGGGGAUGGGAUACGUCCACUGCGCAUAUCCGACGCACCUUCAGGGCUUGCAUCGAACAUGGACGUCGCGCCGGCGGUCGAGAAGGUGCUGACUUGUGGGAGGCCUAUCGUCUGCUGGGCACCGGUUUGCAUACUAUGGAGGAUUUGCUGGCACAUAGCAACUGGUGUGAGCUUGCUUUGCGCAAGAUGGGCUAUGAAGACGUCUUCUGUCAUGUCGGUGAUUCUGUCAGAAUCCAGACUCCCAAUGGAGAGGCACCCCCUCUCAUUACUGGUACUUUCGGAAGCGCUGAUUUCAUGCAUUCAAUGUUGGGCGAGGCCACCGAUCACAUCAGCCAGUCUUCGGUAACAGACCUAUCCCAGAAGAUGAGCAAUGCCCAAAACUCUGACGGAAACAGCAACAUCGAAAAUCUCAAGAACCUCCUUUCCAAACUUCCCAUAGGUGGAAAAGCAACCGACACAAGCGAGGCUGAAGACCUGAGCGAGAAGAGUAAAGCCUACGAAUUCAACCCAGACGAUGUCGCACCUCCAGAGGUUCAACAACAACUCCUUGAAUUGCUCAAGUGGCGCGACGGUGUUUACCGUGACAUCUUGUCCAAGAUCGAGAUGAUUCCCGGAUUGGAGGACUUGAUCGACACGCUCACGGACGCUUUGAACGCUUAUGUAUACACCAUCUUGGCUCCCUGGGUGGCGCCUAUCUUAUCACAAGUCACCGACGUCCUCUCAGUGGGUUCAAAGGCCGUCAUAGACUCAGAGGACCAGUACACAGUCUUCGACGACCCCGAAGCCUCUGACCCAUCGCACAGUCUGCUCUCCAAAGAUCACUUCCAACUCAUUCUCAAUGAGCCCGCUGGAAAGAUCGCCCAGACUGUCGUCCAAUACUCCGUUGGGCAUAUUGUCAAGGCGUGGGCUGACGACGGCGAAGACGCAGAUCAAGUUAUCAACACCAUUUUGGAGGCCUUCCAUCACCCGUACUUCAACACCGGGCGCUCACAAAUCCAGAGCGCCAUGUAUGCGGGCAUGCAGGAGUGGCUUGAGAGCAAGCUGGACGACAAGGAUCAAAUCUUGGAAAGUCUUACUAAGGAGAGUGUUCGUGCCGGAAAGAAUAAGCGUGAAGGCUCGGACGACGAGACGGCCGCUACUCCUGGAGGCCAGCAUGCUUCCAGCGGGGGUACUUUCCCUGCCCAGGGACAGUACACUGCCAGCGAGGAUUACAUGUCCCAAGGCAAUGCCGCUGGCGGCUACAGUGGACGUGGUGGCUCUUCGCAGCAAUCUGGACGUAACAACGAUUCUGCGCAACAAAGGCGCUAUGGCGAAGAAUCCGAACGGUAUGGCGGCGCGGCAACUGCUGCUACUGGUGAUUACGAACGUCGCAACGACUACGAGUCCGAGCCCCCGAGGCAGAGCCACGGAGGUAGAAAUGAGUAUCAAUCGUCUACCUAUGGCGAGGAGCAGCGCGGGUACGGGAGGCAGGAGGAGCCGUCACGCUACCAGAGGACAGAGCCAGAGCGUCCCUCUUAUGGCGGUGGCGGUGGCUACGAGCCAUCGUAUUCGCAGCCCGAGCCGAGGCAAGAGUACGGCGGAGAAGAACCUCGUAGUGGCUAUGGGGGAGGGGACGGCCGUGAGCAAGAGGAAGGACAUCACCGCCAGAAGCAUCACAAGAAACAUCACGACGAGGACGAGGGUGGUUACGAUGGUGGCCGAGGAGGUUAUGGAGGAGGCAGAGAAGAACCGUUCAGCGGUGGUGGGCCCGAAGGGUUUGGUGAAGAACGUGGUGGAUACCAGGAGAGGCCAGCUGGGCGCGGAGGGAGGGAAGAAAGGUUCGGUGAGGAUUCCUAUGGCGGAGGGCGUAACGAGGGUGGAUAUGGGAGGGCUCCUGAAGAGAGCUUUGGUGGUGGUGGGGGUAAUUUCGGCCGUCAGGAGGAAGAUUUCGGAGGUAGAGGAGGAUUUGGCGGUGGUGAACCUGAAGACAGGGGCGGAGGAUUCGGGCGUCAGGAUGCAGGCUUUGGUGGCGGUGAGCGUGGUGGUUAUAGAGGUGGGGGUGGAGGAGGAUAUGGUCGUCAAGAGGAAGGCUUCGGAGGUGAGCAAGGAGGUUAUCGCGGUGAAGGUGGGUUCGGCCAGGGGAAUGACGAAACGUUUGGAGCCGAACGCCUGAAUUUGGGAGGGGAGAGGGAGCCCGAAGAAGGUUAUGGAGGUGGAGGUGGCCGCCGAGGGGGAUAUGGGGAGGAGUCGUACAGGCCUGAGUAUCAAGACCGGUACUGAGUGCUGAAUUGUGUGGCACCGUCCUAAGUGAAGGUUAGACAUUGGUCAGAAGUAAUACGUGUUGUUGUAUUGUAGCCUUAGUCGCUUCCAAUUGUAGUAGUCCGUUAGAUGGUCACUAGUCUGUCCCAUAGUCAAUGGAAUUGUAGAGGCU